AUGAAGUGUUACGUUUCAGUGAAUAGAAACGAGUGCAAGGCGUGCCGUUUUGCGAAGUGUUUGCGAAUGAACAUGACAGAAGCAGAUGUAGGACGUCUGAAACGAAAUUCUGCGACCGCUGUUCCAGAGCAACUUGUUGUUCCGGACAUACGCGUCCCGAAGCAACAACUUCAAACGAGGAAAAUCGCAGAUGGGUUGAGUAUCGGGAUACAUUUCCUACAAAAGCUGGAAAGAUCGUCUGGUGCUAAAGAUUACGCAAAAACGCUCGUUUCUAUGGAAAAAAUGUGUGAGAAUCACGGAGCAUCGCGAACGACAUUCGACUAUUCGCUUGAUAUAACCUUAGCGGAAGCUCUUGAAAGGCCACACUUAUGCUGCCACAGGACACCAAUUGGAUGGAACCAGGAAGAAUUUGCAGAAGCGGAUAAUCUACUGGAUAUGUUGAAGCAAAUAUAUUGUCGCACAGUCACGCUUUUCGCCGACUUUGCAAACGGAUUUCCUGAACUAGCAGAGUUACAUGGAAAAGAUCGAGUCUGUAGUUACUAUAUUCACAUAACUGUUCUUGGCUUGCUCAGAGUCUGCAACACGAACUAUUGCGGUGUGGUUCUUUUCACCUUGGUCUACAACAGCUACCUCAGCAACUGCUACGGCAUUCUCUUUCCGCACGGCUUCAAAUAUUCUCUUCGGCUUAAGAAAGGCGACCAUGAGUUCAACGGAUUUAUGCAACAACUAGUCGACUAUCUCCACUGUCAUGUGGUUUCCACGUUUCAAGAGACAAACAUCACUGUUGAAGAGUAUUCAUUUGUGAAAUCUCUGAUCCUAUUUUCUGGAGUGACGGCUCUUACGGACGCAGGUCAUGAAAUCGUGAGAACAGCUCGAAGAAAAUAUGCUGCACUCCUAUCCGAUUACGUGGCCGAAACGCGGCCUGACCUGACACCUUUGCAGCAAAUGGAGAGACUGUCAAAGUUGUUGGGCAUUAUUCCCCACAUGAUGCACGCCUCCGAGUUCGACAACGUCUACUGCGCAAGAAUGGUUGUGAUGAAUAUGGGAAACCUCUCCGGAACCCUUUCCUAUGAUCUUCACAUUAGGAAAUUUUGA